CAUAUUUUUCUUCGCCGUAGCCCCAAUUCACACAACCAGAGCUUCAUCUCCAGAGAAAAAUGACGACGCGAUUCAAGAAGAACCGGAAGAAGAGGGGCCACGUGAGCGCCGGGCACGGCCGGAUCGGGAAGCACCGGAAGCACCCCGGCGGUCGGGGAAACGCCGGAGGAAUGCACCACCACCGGAUCCUGUUCGACAAGUACCACCCGGGGUACUUCGGGAAGGUCGGCAUGAGGUACUUCCACAAGCUCCGGAACAAGUUCUACUGCCCCAUCGUCAACAUCGACAAGCUCUGGUCCAUGGUUCCCCAGGACGUCAAGGACAAGGCCUCCAAGGACAAUGUCCCCCUCAUCGACGUCACCCAGUUCGGCUACUUUAAGGUUUUGGGGAAGGGCGUCUUGCCGGAGAACCAGCCGGUCGUCGUCAAGGCCAAGCUCGUCUCCAAGAUCGCCGAGAAGAAGAUCAAGGAGGCUGGCGGGGCUGUUGUUCUCACGGCUUAGGUUUUUUAUUUUUCUUUUUAUUUCUGAUCGAGAAAUGGUGUUUGUUUGUUUGUUUUUCUUACUUUUGGUUUUUGUUAUGAGUUAGUUUAGUUUUUUAUUUUGUUGCGCAUUUGGAAUUGGACCGGUUAUUGGUAAUUACCCAAUGGGAAAUGCUAUUACAGAUUUUGAUAGAA